CAGCGGCAAAGUAGAGGCGGCCUCGAGCUAUCCGUGUACGUUGGCCAUGGAUAUGCUCGUGUUACCUCUUUUAAUAAUGAUUCCGUAUUUAAGAUGCUAAGCGAAAGCUUUCUAUUUUGCAUCUUUCUUCUGUCGUAUACGAUGACAGCUCAGGCUGAUGCUGCCCCCCUUCAUAUAAUGAAACAAAACCUUGAUGAUCAAGAAACACAAGCAGAAACCACCCUACCUCCUUUGCAGUCAUUGGAAAACAUGAAGAAAUCUUGGGAUGAUGAUAUGAAAUACCUAAAGCAAAGCCAUCAAGAAACCAGUCCCGUGUACGGAAUAGAACAAAUAACAGUCCCAGUGUAUUUCCACUUAUCAUCCAAGAAUAUCCUCAGAUGCAGGACCGAGGCACUAGCUUCAGAAAAACUUGACGCAAAAUAUACAUGGACUAGUCCCACUGGACCUGUUGCUGAAAUGUCUAGAAGGUUAACUACAACAUCAACAGGAGAUCUCAUUCUACACCACAUUAAGGGAUCUGAUGCUGGAAACUACACAUGUUUUCUCAGGUACAUACUCGCUUCAACGAAUGGACAAGUAACACUCAACUACUUAGUCUAUGUGUAUCAUCAUCCUGAAAUCAGCAUUCAUGCGACUGUGUCAUUUUUUGUUAAAAGUUGUGAAAGCAGCCUUAAUACUAAAUUUAAACAAUAUAUUGAAGAAACUCUUGAAAACCUGAUAAAAGGAUUAAAUUGUGAAGAGCAUCUGAUGCAGACAGACUGUAAGAAGGAAAAGCGCCCUGGAUCAUUAUCGUCAUAUAUAUUGCAUUAUAAAUUUGGAGUUUACCCUAAGCAGAAUGUCCUACCUUUUGAAAGUGACACUGUAUCCUCAAUGAAGCCCAAAAGUGGAGUUAAAGAGGCAGUUCAGAGAAUUCAGAACUACUUUGAGGAGCAGGCUGAUAAUCCUUCAUCAGAGUUUAGUUAUAUGAAGAAUUCCUUCAUUGAAGAAAAAAUACUCAUUUGUAAAGAAGGCUUUGGAAAAGGUUUAGUUGGUGCUGCUUCAUGCCCAGAAUGUUGUGUUGCAUGCUUUCCUGGUUUUUAUAGCACCAAUGAUCAAUCAGUGUGCUUGAGAUGUCCGCCUGGAACAUACAACCCAAGCCAUGGACAAACACAUUGCAGAAAAUGUCCACAUAAAAGACACACAUCCAAGGAAGGAGCUGAAUUUGUGACUCAGUGCUACAGUCAACUACCAAGCUGGUCAAUUAUUUUAAUUACUGUAACUGUAACAGCUGCAAUACUCAUCUCUAUUUUUGUGUUAUUUUGGGUAUUUCGGCGAAAAUUAUUGGCUGCAACCUAUAUUAAGGAGAUAUCCCCUGAAAAAAAGAAAAUUGUCAAGGGACUUGGAAAAGUUGUUCAGAAUGUGGAUUUGAAAGAAGCUAUAGCUCUUCUUAGACCAGUUCCUUGCAAACUUAAACCUAAACCCAAACUGCCUUUUCUGGAGGAGAUUGCAUGUGCAUCUGCUACUACUAAAGAGAGUGAGUCCUCAGAGGAAGAAAGCACUCCUGCUACUAGUAAUCCGUCUGAGUCCACAGAGGAUGAAAGUAUGUCAGAUUAUGACAGUUCUUGAAAGAAGAAUGAGUAUUCACUGAAGGUUUCUCUGAAGACUCUCCGUCAAAGUGCUGUAUGUGGUCAAGUACGCGGCACAAAGCUACAUCUCGGGAAGACAAGGCAAAGUGCCGUGUUGUCGUCCAGAACAGAAGAAGAUCACAUGUCCAGGUGGAUAAAGCAGAAGUCAGAAAAUGGGAGCCAUUGAAGGAAGAAGAAGAUUUAAGAAAGAAGAAGAAGAACAGAUGUUGAAUGUUGCUGCAGAA